AUGCAAAAUGACCAGCGCCGUUUGUUAAUGGUAUCCAGAGCAAAGGCUGCUUACAGAGAAAGCUUGGACAGAGAACCAGAAAGGAUGUCACCGGAGCCUCAGUUACCACCUUCUAUGAUCAGUGAAGCCCAGAAGGAACGGAUAAACUAUGCAUGCUUAAAGAAACUUGUGGAAAGUGGCCAAUUUUCUCCAAUUCAACAAGAUUGGCUGCACUCCAUCACUGGCAGAAUCCUACCUGACCUAAAAACCACACCGAGAGAUCAUUUGCUCCUGGAGGAACUCUGCACCGAAGUGAGUGAGGAGUUCCACAGUGCCAUUGUCAACCAUACAGAGUUCCAGCGUUUGUCCAAAGAGAUUAUCAGCCUUCCAGCCAAAGUCCACUUCACAAUGGUCCAUCUGGAUUGUGAAGAGCUAAAACAAGGACUGGCCAACAAAGCUAAACACUUUGCUCAAGUGCUCAUAAAGAAGCUCCUGAACAACCAUCGCAAGCUUAACCUGGAGAUUCUGUACCUCAUGGAUGUCCAAAUAUUUGAGCCGGAUGACCUGGAACUUCAUGUGACUGUAUUCAUGUGGCCAAAGAAUAUAAUGGAGGCAUUUGUGCUCAAUGAUGAGGUGAUAGAGAAAGCUAAGCAUAAAGGAACCCAUCAGCUGAUUGCGAGAAGGGAAAAACUAAUGGUUGACUUGGCUAAAUUAUCCCAUAGAAUCUUGGCUUUCCCAGAAUGUUCAGAGCUGGAUAUGAUUCCACAAUAUGUGGCAGAUAUCAGGACUGUUCAGAAACUGAUCCAGGAGGGAGAGGAAGCGAUAGAAUACAUCAACAAAGAAGAAACACUUUACAACAUGGAGCUAACCAGUUACCCAGAAGUAGCUGUUAUUAAGGAGAGCAUUGAACCUUACCAGAAACUGUUUGGGCUCGUGCUGAAGUGGAAACGCACCGAACACAGAUGGAUGGAUGGAUCAUUCCAGAGUCUAAAUGGAGAAAGCAUGGAGGGAGAAGUUGAUGAAUUCUUCAGGGAAGUAAUCAAGAUGUUAAAGUUUUUUCAACAGAGACAGAGUAAGGCUGGGCAAGAGGGGGAAAUGAAACCAAAAAGAAAGCCUGGCGAGGAAGAUUCAAGCAAACAGGAGAGCCCCACUGUAAUUUUGUGUAGUACCGUGUUGCAAGAAGUCAAAGAGUUUAAGGAGCAUGUCCCUCUUGUGUCCAUUUUGUGCAAUCCGGGCAUCAGACAACGCCACUGGGAUCAAAUGUCUAAGAUAGUUGAUUAUGGCAUUACUCCAGAUUCUUCUACAACUCUGCGGAAAAUGCUGAAACAAAACAUCACCCCAUACUUAGAUCAUUUUGAGUCUGUCAGUGCAGCUGCUAGUAAAGCCAUGUACAGUAGUGAAGGGGAGCGGGUUGCCCUGGUCCAGAAUAUUUCCACAUCUGAAGCCAAAGGGGCAGUGGAGAAGUGGCUUGUGCAGGUGGAGGAUGUGAUGCUGCGCAGUGUCAGGGAUGUGAUCGCUCGUUCAAGACAAGCCUAUGCCGAGACCAACCGCAGCCAGUGGGUUAGAGAGUGGCCUGGGCAGGUGGUGCUCUGUACUUCACAAAUCUUCUGGACAUUAGAAGUACAUGAAGCUAUUGAAGCAGGGUGCUUGAAAAAAUACUAUGAUCAGCUUCAAAGUCAACUGAAUGACAUCGUGGAGCUUGUGAGAGGAAAACUACCCAAACAAACUCGGACCACUCUGGGAGCACUGGUCACAAUAGAUGUUCAUGCCAGAGAUGUCAUCAUGGAGCUCAUUGAGAAAGAUGGAUUGGAUUAUCUUGCAAUGGGAAAGUUUUUCAAAGGUCUGGCAUCUUCAGGUGCAUGGGCGUGUUUUGAUGAGUUCAAUCGUAUCGAGCUGGAAGUGCUUUCUGUUGUGGCUCAGCAAGUGUUGUGUAUACAGAGAGCCACUGAGCAGAAACUUGAAUAUUUUGAUUUUGAAGGAACAACACUCAAACUCAAUCCCAACUGCUUUGUGUCCAUCACCAUGAAUCCAGGCUACGCAGGACGCUCUGAACUACCAGACAACCUCAAGGUUUUAUUCCGAACGGUUGCCAUGAUGGUCCCAAACUAUGCUUUGAUUGCUGAGAUCUCUCUGUAUUCAUACGGCUUUCUGAAUGCCAAACCAUUGUCGGUGAAGAUCGUAAUGACCUAUCGACUGUGCUCAGAACAGCUGUCCUCUCAAUUCCACUACGACUACGGCAUGAGGGCCGUGAAAGCUGUUCUGGAAUCUCACUUCCUGAGGCAGACUAUCAGUUUCAUGUUGGUUGGAGAAUCCUUUGCGGGAAAGACCAAAGUUCUUCAUGUUCUGGCAGACACACUGACGCUCAUGAAUGAACAGGGCCAUGAAGAGGAGAAGAUCAUAUUCAGGACGCUAAACCCCAAAUCCAUCACUAUGGGGCAGCUCUUUGGGCAGUUUGAUUUGGUUUCUCAUGAGUGGACCGAUGGUAUUGUGGCAAACACAUUUAGGGAAUUUGCAUCUGCUGAGACUCCUGAUCGUAAAUGGGUGGUGUUUGACGGUCCCAUAGAUACACUGUGGAUUGAGAGCAUGAACACAGUGCUUGAUGAUAACAAAAAGCUGUGCUUGAUGAGUGGCGAGAUUAUUCAAAUGUCCAAUCAGAUGAGCCUGAUCUUUGAGGCUAUGGAUCUCUCACAAGCUUCUCCUGCGACUGUCAGCAGAUGUGGUAUGAUCUACAUGGAGCCUUCUCAGUUAGGUUGGGAGCCUUUAGUUCUGUCCUGGGUGAACACUCUUCCAGAAGUUUUAAAAAGUCCACAGAUCCGGACUCUUUUGUUAGAACUUUUCCACUGGCUUUUACCUCCCGCGCUGAAAAUGCUGCGCAAGUACUGCAAGGAAGUGGUUCCGACUAGUAACAGUAAUACCGUGAUGUCAUUGUGCCGGCUCUUUGAAAUGCUGCUAUCUGAGCCUGUUAAGACAGAACCGGGGGAAAAAAUCAUUAAUGUUUGGAUUAAGGCUGCCUUUGCCUUCUCCCUGGUGUGGUCAGUAGGGGGCAGUUGUGAUGCACAGAGCAGAGAGAAGUUUACGCGUACAAGUGCCAAUCAGACUCAGAAUAUCAUCAUGUCCAGGUUAGAUAAGCGAAGAAAGGGAGUGUACGGGCCUCCUAUGGGAAAGAAGUGCAUCAUAUUUGUUGAUGAUUUGAAUAUGCCAGCCCUUGAGCAGUUUGGAGCACAACCACCAGUGGAACUUCUCCGACAAUACAUGGACCAUGGAAACUGGUAUGAUCUCAAGGACACAUCCAGGAUCUCUUUAGUAGACAUUCAGUUUAUUGCUGCAAUGGGUCCCCCUGGUGGAGGAAGAAAUGCAGUUACAUCUCGCUUCCUGAGACACUUUAACAUUUGCAGCAUUAAUGCCUUCAGUGAUGAAACCAUGGUGUACAAGAAGGCCAUGGAGAACCUGCUCCCUACUCCUGCUAAGUCGCAUUACACUUUUAACUUGCGUGACUUCUCCAGAGUGAUCCAGGGCUGUCUGCUUCUGAAAAAAGAGUCACUUGAAAGCAAACGAACUAUGAUUCGCUUGUUUGUUCAUGAGGUUUUCCGAGUAUUCUACGACCGUCUGGUGGAUGACAGUGACCACACCUGGCUUUACAAGCUAAUGAUCAACAUUCUUCAAGAUCACUUCAAAGAGUCUUUUGGUCAAGUCUUUGAGCAUCUAAAAACCGGAAAUCAACUUGUAGAGGAGGACAUGAGAAAUCUUUUAUUUGGUGACUAUAUGACUCCUGACCUGGAAGAUGAUGAACGUCUGUAUGCUGAAGUACCAUCUGUGGAUAGUUUUGCUCAGGUGGUGGAGUCCUGCCUGCUAGAGUACAACCAAAUAAACAAAAGCCGCAUGGAUCUUGUCAUAUUUCGCUAUGUUUUGGAGCAUUUGUCCCGCAUUAGUCGUGUGCUAAAGCAGCCUGGAGGAAACGCGCUGCUUGUGGGUGUGGGAGGAAGCGGCCGGCAGUCCAUAACCCGACUGGCUGCUUUUAUGGCCCACAUGACCAUGUUUCAGCCCGAAAUCUCCAAGAGCUAUGGCAUGACCGAGUGGAGGGAUGAUCUCAAGAUGUUGAUGAAAAGUGCUGGAGUGAAAGGUCAGAAGACAGUGUUCCUUCUUACCGAUGCUCAAAUUAAAGAUGAAGCUUUCCUAGAAGAUGUGGACAGUGUGCUGAAUACCGGAGAAGUUCCUAAUCUCUUUGCUGUAGACGAAAAGCAAGAGAUUAUGGAGGCCAUUCGCCCCAUUGCUCAGGCAGGAAAUAAGAAUGUUGAACUGAGCCCAUUGACUUUGUUUGCCUUUUUCAUUGCACGCUGCAGAGAAAACUUGCACAUUGUGGUGGCCUUCAGCCCGAUUGGAAAUGCAUUUAGAAACAGACUACGGCAGUUUCCAUCGCUCAUUAACUGCUGCACUAUUGACUGGUUCCAGCCAUGGCCAGAAGAAGCCCUCGAGAGAGUUGCCAUCUCAUUUAUGAAGACACUGGACAUGACAGAAACAGAGCAGCGUGAGGUCAUACCCAUAUGUAAAACAUUCCACACGUCUAUAAAGCAGCUCUCAGAGAAAUUCCUGUCAGAACUUGGUCGCUAUAAUUAUGUGACACCAACAUCCUAUCUGGAGCUCAUGGCCACUUUCCGACUUCUCCUCACUGAAAAAAGAGACAUUGUUAUGAAAGCAAAGCAGCGUUAUAUAAAUGGUCUGGAUAAACUGGCUUUUGCUGAAUCUCAGGUGGAAGAGAUGAAGCACGAACUGGUGAACUUACAGCCCAAACUGGAGCAGGCCAACAUUGAUAAUACAACAAUGAUGAAGGCAGCUGUGAUGCAAAAGAUCCGCGCUGAGUACAUGACCAACCCUGACUUCGACCCCAGUAAAGUGGCUAAAGCAUCUUCAGCAGCAGAGGGUCUUUGUAAAUGGAUACAAGCAAUGGAAGUGUAUGACAGAGUUGCCAAGGUUGUAGCUCCAAAGAAGGCCAACCUGGCUAUUGCCCAGGAGUCUCUUGCAGCCACCAUGGCCCUGUUGGACCAGAAGAGAGCUGAGCUCAAAGAAGUUGAGGAUCGUUUAGCUGCUCUACAAAAAACCUUUGAAGAAAAGACUGAAGAAAAAGCACAAUUAGAGUUUCAGGUAGAUUUGUGCGCACGGAAACUGGAGAGAGCAGAAAAGCUUAUUGGUGGACUUGGAGGAGAAAAAACAAGAUGGUUUAAAGCAGCAGAUGACCUACAGAACAUUUAUGACAACCUGACUGGGGAUGUUCUUAUUUCGGCUGGAGUAAUUGCGUAUCUGGGAGCCUUCACAGCAGCCUUCAGACAGAAUUGCACUAAAGAGUGGACUGACCUCUGCAAAUUCGGAACACCGCUCCUGCUUGAAAAUGUGGGAGAAGAACUUGACCCUUCGUUAGAACCACUGCUUCUUAAGCAGACAUUCAAACAAGGAGGUGUGGAUUGUAUUCGACUUGGAGAGAGUGUGAUUGAAUACUCUCCUGGGUUCCGUUUCUACAUAACUACUAAACUAAGAAACCCUCACUAUCUGCCUGAACUGUCCACUAAAGUCUCUCUGCUCAAUUUCAUGAUAACGCCUGAAGGCCUCGAGGAUCAGCUUUUAGGGAUUGUGGUUGCCAAGGAAAGUCCAGAGCUGGAGGAGGAGAGGAAUGCCCUAAUCCUGCAAUCAGCAGCCAAUAAAAGGCAGCUGAAGGAGAUUGAAGACAAAAUACUAGAAACCUUACAGUCCUCAGAGGGAAAUAUUCUGGAAGAUGAAUCUGCUAUUCAAAUUUUAGAUUCUGCUAAAGUUGUGUCCAACGAGAUAACAAAGAAACAACAGAUUGCAGAGAAAACAGAGAUCAAAAUUGCAGAAUCGAGAGAAGGCUACAGACCAAUAGCAAAGCAUUCUUCUAUAUUGUUCUUCAGUAUUGCUGACCUGACAAACAUAGACCCCAUGUACCAGUAUUCUCUGAGCUGGUUUGUCAACCUAUACAUUAAUUCUAUCCAAGACAGCAUGAAGUCCAAGAUCCUGGAGAAGCGUCUACGCUACCUUAUAGAUCACUUCACCUACAAUUUAUAUUCCAAUGUCUGUCGCUCAUUGUUUGAGAAAGACAAACUCCUUUUUUCAUUCCUCCUGUGCUGCAAUCUCCAACUGGCAAAGAAUGAAAUUGAUUACCCAGAGUUCAUGUUCUUGCUGACUGGAGGGGUCGGACUACAAAACACCACUCCCAACCCUGACCCCACUUGGCUCCAGGACAAGAACUGGGAUGAGAUCUGCAGAGCCAAUGAACUCCCGGGCUUACAGGGCAUAAAAAACACUUUCAUCAAAAACCCUGGGGGAUUCAAGGCAAUAUAUGAUAGCAAAGACCCAGCCAACACUCCUCAGCCUGCACCCUGGAGUGAAAAACUCAAUGAACUUCAGAAGAUUAUCAUAAUUCGCUGUCUUCGACCUGAUAAGAUGGUAUCGGCUAUCACAAAAUAUGUGACUUCUAAACUGGGGAAGACAUUUGUCCAACCACCUCCUUUUGACCUGAGCAAAAGUUACCAGGACUCGAAUGCUACAAUACCCCUUGUGUUUGUUCUGUGUCCUGGAGCCGAUCCAAUGGCCAGUUUGCUGAAAUUUGCCACUGACAAAAACAUGGCGGCUUCAAAGUUCCAGUCAAUUUCUUUAGGACAAGGCCAAGGUCCCAUCGCUGCAAAAAUGAUCACAACAGCUAUGAAAGAAGGGACAUGGGUGUGUCUGCAGAACUGCCACUUAGCUGUUUCCUGGAUGUCAACUCUAGAGAAAAUCUGUGAAGACCUAAGCCCGGACACCUGCCAUCCAGACUUCAGACUUUGGCUCACGAGCUACCCAUCUCCCAAGUUUCCAGUGACAAUUCUACAAAAUGGAGUGAAAAUGACUAAUGAGCCUCCAACUGGUCUUCGACUAAACCUGCUUCAGUCCUAUCAGACAGAUCCAAUUUCUGAUCAAAACUUCUUCAACAGUUGUCCUAAUAAAGAGCUGGUUUGGGAGAAGCUUUUGUAUGGUCUGUGCUUCUUUCACGCUCUUGUUCAAGAGAGAAAGAAGUUUGGUCCACUUGGUUGGAAUAUUCCAUAUGGCUUUAAUGAAUCGGACCUGCGAAUAAGUAUCAGGCAACUCCAGCUAUUUGUGAAUGAAUAUGAUGAGGUUCCCUUUGAAGCUAUAUCUUACCUGACGGGUGAAUGUAACUAUGGCGGCAGAGUGACAGAUGACUGGGACAGGCGACUGCUCUUGACUAUGUUAGCGGAUUUUUACAACAACAACAUCGUUGAAAAACCUCACCAUUCCUUCUCCCCCAGUGGAGAUUACUGUGUGCCACCUAAAUCUGCAUAUGGAGAAUACAUUGUGUUUAUUAAGGGAUUGCCUUUGACUCAGCACCCAGAAAUCUUUGGAAUGAAUGAAAAUGUGGACAUUUCAAAGGAUCUCCAGCAGACAAAGUUAUUAUUUGAUUCACUUCUUCUCACACAAGGAGGCGGGGGGAAAGAGGGAAGCAGCUCUGGGAGUGACAACACUCUCUAUGACAUAGCUAAUAACAUUCUCACCAAGCUGCCCAAAAAUUUUGACACAGAAACAGCCCUUUUGAAAUUCCCUGUUUGCUAUGAGGAGAGCAUGAACACUGUGUUAGUGCAAGAGAUGGAGCGUUACAACACGUUAUGCUCUACAAUCCGUGUCAGCAUCCAAAACGUACUCAAAGCCAUCAAGGGGCUAGUUGUGAUGGAUGCGGAGCUGGAGGCUGUGGCAGGCAGUUUAAUAGUGGGGAAGUUGCCAGAAAGGUGGGCCAAGCGCUCCUAUCCCAGCCUCAAACCCUUGGGCAGCUACAUAAGUGACUUUCUCGCUAGACUCAAGUUUUUGCAGACAUGGCAUGAUACAAACAAGCCCAAUGUGUUUUGGCUGUCUGGAUUCUUCUUCACUCAAGCUUUUCUCACUGGUGCGAUGCAAAACUAUGCAAGAAAGUACCGUAUCCCUAUUGACCUUUUGGGAUUUGAUUUUGAGGUGCUUCCUAUUGAUGAAUCUGACACAUCUCCUGAAGAUGGUGUUUACAUCCAUGGCCUGUUUUUGGACGGGGCUCGAUGGGACACAGACAGUGGUGUCCUGGCUGAACAAUUCCCCAAGGUUCUUUUUGAUUCAAUGCCUAUUAUAUGGAUCAAACCAACUGAAAGGAAGAACAUCAUUCAGUCUCUGAAACUGUACAUUUGUCCACUGUAUAAAACCAGCGAGCGGAAAGGCACCUUGUCGACAACAGGACACUCCACUAACUUUGUCAUUACCUUGAUGCUGCCAACGAGCAGGAGGCCUCAGCACUGGAUCAAACGUGGAGUGGCCAUGCUCUGUCAGCUCGAUGACUAA